AUGCGGCCGGCACUUCAAAUUGUCAAACACCUAAUCACUAAUGGAUUCGACGUGACGAUUUUGGGAACUCAGAGAUGGAAGUUGACUAUCGAAGCAACAGGCGGACACUUCAGUCCUAUCAUCGGACUCUGGGGCACGUUGGAUGAUCCAGAUCGUUGGCCAAAGAUCGCGCACGCAUCGGACUCUGCGGCCCGUCUUGCCGCAUCACUUGAUGGAGGUUUUGUUUCACUACUGCCCAGUGGCCUUGAGUCCGUUCGAUUCGCGCUUGCCGGUAUGCGCAGACGUCAACCGGAUUGCGGAAUCAUUGUUCUUUCGGACACCUGCUUUUCUGGCACAUUGGGCCUGAAGUUGGGGACUGACUUACCGGAAGGCUUCAACAAAGGCGAAAAGAUCAAGACAAUAGGAGUUGGCGUGGUGCCGACAUUUUGGUCGAGUGCUGAACGACCGCCGUGGGGGACUGGGCUGCCAUUCGACGACAGUGAGGCAGGAAAGAAACGGAAUACCGACAUUUUGAGAAAGACAUGGAACGCCGAUGCGGAGGAGCGAGCACAAUGGGUGCUGGGAAUAAUGGGCUGCUCUAAGCCCAUUGAAUCUCUCUACGAUAACAUCUCAACGACCGUCGAACACCCUUUUUGGGAUGCGUCAACUAUUUGUCACGACGUCACGCUACAGAUGUGUUCACCGAGUCUUGAAUUUCAAUCAACCGACUGGCCCAACCGAAUCAAGUUCGCAGGAACUCUGCCAAUCAAGCCACUGCCAGCCACGCUCUCAUAUCCAGCUUGGUUUGACGACAUCAUUUCGAAUAGUGCUUCCUUGCAUAGGUCAAAGUCAGACAGGAAACGAAUUGUGUUCGUGGCCCAAGGAACCGAGGUUCUGGACCAUGGAGAACUUAUUCUUCCCACGAUAAAGGCUCUUUCUGAAAGCGAUGACGUAUUCGUUGUUGCUUGUCUCUGUGUUGCCGGAGCUAAGCUCGACACUAGCAGCUUGCCGGAUCAAGUUUUACCUCGCAAUGCUCGAGUCGUCGACUAUUUUCCCUAUGAUGCAAUCUUAGCGCACGCGGACGUCUUUGUUUCCAACAGCGGGUAUGGAGGUUUUCAACAUGCGGUUUCCAACGGCGUUCCGAUGGUGCAAGCUGGUAAUACGUUCGACAAACCCGACAUCGGCAGGAGGAUUGAGUGGUCUGGACUAGGAGUAUUCCUGGAGAAUUCUCCUGUUACAGUCGAAGCUGUUGGCAAGGCCCUGGCAGAAGUCCUGGCCACUGACACGUAUAAAACGAGAGCGGAAGAGUUGAGGAUAGAGGCUGGAACAUUCGAUCCCUUAAAGAAGGUUGAAGACGAGAUAAUGGCUUUAGUUGAGUGA